AUGUCGGAAUGGGUGAUGGCAAGGUUGUUGAAGCAUCUAGAGAUAAUGAGAAAGGUCACUGAAGAAUUAACAGAAAUCAUGGGUUUGGACAACUUAGUUGAAGAAUCUCAUUUGCCCAAAUUACAUUAUUUAGAAGCGGUUAUUAAAAAGGCCUUACGUUUGCACCCACCUGGUCCUUUCCUAUUACUUCAUACUCCAAGUGAAUCUAGCAUCAUUGGAGGGUACCAUGUACCCAAAGGUUCUAGUAUUUUCCUGCAUAUUUGGGCUAUACAAAGGGAUCCAAAGUAUUGGGACAAUCCAUUGGAAUUUAAACCUGAGAGGUUUCUAAAUAAUGCUUAUGGUAGGUUUGAUUAUUCGGGCAACAAUUUUAAGUAUCUUCCAUUUGGGUCAGGGAGAAGAAUAUGUGCAGGGCUUGCACUAGGGGAGAGGACACUCAAAUACAUACUGGCUUCACUUUUGCAUUCUUAUGAGUGGAAAUUGCCACAAGGUUCAGAGAUAGAAUUUUCUGACACUUUCGGUGUUGUUACCAAGAAGAAGAAUCCAACCGUUGCAAUUCCAACUCCAAGGUUAUCCAAGUCUGAGCUCUACAUAGAAUAG